AUGCUUGGGGUGCAAGGCAAAGGAGAGGAGGCUAAGAAGGGGCUUGGUGGGAGGCUGGAGGGCCAAAGAGCCUGGGUGGAGCUGUUGGAUUUUUACCGGGAGCUGGGGAAGGCAGCAGGCUCUAAGCGUUCAGAUGCCCAGGCUGCCGUCUUCACUCUGGCUGUUUUAAGGACUUGCGCUGCCAUUAACCUCUUCAAAGAUGUGUGGAUGCAACAUGUAGGGUCUGCGAUCUCCAGGCCGGCGCCCGGAGGCUCGCCGCGGCGGGUCAUCGUGCAGGCGUCCACCGGCGAGCUGCUGCGCUGCCUGGGCGAUUUCGUGUGCCGACGCUGCUACCGCCUCAAGGAGCUGAGCCCCGGCGAGCUGGUGGGCUGGUUCCGCGGCGUGGACCGCUCGCUGCUCCUGCAGGGCUGGCAAGACCAGGCCUUCAUUACGCCCGCCAACCUGGUGUUCGUGUACCUGCUGUGCCGCGAGUCGCUGCGCGGGGACGAGCUGGCGUCGGCCGCCGAACUGCAGGCCGCCUUCCUCACCUGCCUCUACCUCGCCUACUCCUACAUGGGCAACGAGAUCUCCUAUCCGCUCAAGCCCUUCCUCGUGGAGCCCGACAAGGAGCGCUUCUGGCAGCGCUGCCUGCGCCUCAUCCAGCGGCUCAGCCCGCAGAUGCUGAGGCUCAACGCCGACCCCCACUUCUUCACGCAAGUCUUUCAAGACCUCAAGAACGAGGGCGAGGCCGCGGCGGCAGGCACCGGGGGUCCACCGAACGGAGGCACGUCCACCACCUCCUCCACGACCGCCAGGGACAGCUGCGCGGCCGGAGCCAAGCAUUGGACUAUGAACUUGGACCGCUAGGGAUUCCCAGGGGUCGCGCCCGCCCCCCGCCCCAGCCCCUCACACACACACCCGGAACCGCCGGGACCAUCAAGCCUCCGCCGCUAUUACCGCCGCUCUACGCCCAAGCUGGGCCGAGGAGGAGCCGCCCCUGCCCCGGGGCAGGGGAAGGUGGAGGCUAGGACGCCAGAGGCCUCGGUGUCUGGAUUUGCUGGGCGUGGGGUGGGCGUGGGGGAUGAUCGCGGGAAGGGCACCCCCAACUUCGUUCACCCUUUCCGUCUGUCUUCGCCUCCAUCUUUCCAUCUCUGCCCGGGUCUCCCUCUUCCCUGCUGUGGGCAUCUCCAAGUCCACCACCUUGGGUUUUGCCAGUUCCUCACCUUUCUGUGUCUUCAUCCCUCCUUCCGUCUGCAGCCUCCUCUCUCUGCCUUUCCCAUUGGUUUCCCUGGGCUUUACCCUUCUCCACCUUACCCGGAGCCUGAUAGUACCCCAUUGCCCUCCCUGCUUCUCCAAACCCGUGUUUCCAUGAUCCCUUCCUCCUGUCCUGUGUCCUUCCCUCUCUGCCUUCCCUGUCUGCCUUCCCUCUCUGCUUGUAUCAUCCUGCAUCCCCCCAACGCCCCCCUCCCCGAGAUUCUGCACUCCCCUCCCCAGAUCAAAGAGACCCUUAGUUUUUUUUAUUUGGAUGGACUGAUGUGCGACAAGAAUCUGCAGUCCCAGGUGCCCAGGCAAAGAUCAGGGUGGUCCUUUCCCUCGCCCCUACAGCCUCUCCCCACCUUCCCAACGUGUUGCAUGCUGGGAGUUGAGGGGGAAAGGGCUGCUGCCUUGGUUCAGGAGACUGAGAUUUGAGGACAAGAUCUAUCCUGGUAGACUACCUCGCUUGCAGCGGUGGUGUCGUCUCUGUGGAUGGGUAGAAAGAGAAAGAAACCUCUUCUUAUUCUGGGGGAGGGGUGUCCUCUUCCUUAUCCUUAGAUUUCUUGUUAUAUUCCCCUCUCCACACUUUAAUUUAUUUCGCUGUUUCAGGAGGGAGGGUGGGUGGGGAGGGGGCUGGGCCGGGAAUUGUCCGAGGUGCUGAGCUGGGCGGGACCGGAAUCCUCCUUGGAGAAUACCAGGGACUGGGUUGGGCCUAGGGCCGUGUCCAAGGUGCCAAUGAUGCGGGCCGACGGCGCGGGCCGCACUAUCUGUCUGUCCGUCUGUCCUGGAGAGAACUAUAAAGCGCUGGAAGCGCCUACA